AUGGACGUGGACGUGGACGUGGACAUGAACGUGGACAUGGACGUGGACAUGGACGUGGACGUGGACGUGGACGUGGACAUGGACGUGGACGUGGACGUGGACUUGGAGGACUUGGACGUGGACAUGGACGUGGACGUGGACGUGGACGUGGACAUGGACGUGGACAUGGACGUGGACAUGGACGUGGACGUGGACCUGGACGUGGACAUGGACGUGGACGUGGACGUGGACGUGGACGUGGACAUGGACGUGGACGUGGACGUGGACGUGGACAUGGACGUGACGUGGACGUGGACAUGGACGUGGACGUGGACGUGGGGACUGGACGUGGACAUGGACGUGGACGUGGACGUGGACGUGGACGUGGACAUGGACGUGGACAUGGACGUGGACAUGGACGUGGACGUGGACAUGGACGUGGACAUGGACUGGACGUGGACGUGGCUGUGGACGUGGACGUGGACCGUGGACAGUGACGUGGACAUGGACUGGACGUGGACAUGGACGUGGACGUGGACCGUGGACGUGGACAUGGACGUGGACGUGGACAUGGACGUGGACAUGGACGUGGACAUGGACGUGGACGUGGACGUUGGACAUGGACGUGGACAUGGACGUGGACGUGGACAGUGGACGUCGACGUGGACGUGGACGUGGACAUGGACAGUGGACGUGGACGUGGGACUGGACGUGGACUUGGACGCCGUGGACGUGGACAGUGGACGUGGGGACGUGGACAUGGACGUGGACAUGGACGUGGACGUGGACAUGGACGUGGACGGGACGGUGGACGUGGACAUGGACGUGGACGUGGACUAUGGACGUGGACUUGGACGUGGACGUGGACAUGGACGUGACGUGGACGUGGACAUGGACGUGGACGUGGACGUGGACGUGACAAGGUGGACAGUGGACAUUGGACGACGUGGACGUGGACGUGGACGUGGACGUGGACGUGGACAUGGACGUGGACGUGGACAUGGACGUGGACAUGGACGUGGACAUUGGACGUGGACGUGGACGUGGACGUGGACGUGGACAUGGACGUGGACGUGGACGUGGACAUGGACGGACGUGGACGUGGACGUGGACGUGGACAUGGACGUGGACGUGGACGUGGACGUGGACAUGGACGUGGACGUGGACGUGGACGUGGACGUGGACAUGGACGUGGACGUGGACGUGGACGUGGACGUGGACUGGACGUGGACGUGGACGUGGACGUGGACGUGGACGUGGACAUGGACGUGGACGUGGACGUGGACGUGGACGUGGACAUGGACGUGGACGUGGACGUGGACGUGGACGUGGACGUGGACGUGGACAUGGACGUGGACGUGGACGUGGACUGGACGUGGACGUGGACGUGGACAUGGACGUGGACGUGGACGUGGACAUGGACGUGGACGUGGACGUGGACGUGGACGUGGACGUGGACUGGACAUGGACGUGGACGUGGACGUGGACGUGGACGUGGACUGGACGUGGACGUGGACGUGGACGUGGACAUGGACGUGGACGUGGACGUGGACGUGGACGUGGACAUGGACGUGGACGUGGACGUGGACAUGGACGUGGACGUGGACGGACAUGGACGUGGACAUGGACGUGGACGUGGACGUGGACGUGGACAUGGACGUGGACAUGGACGUGGACGUGGACGUGGACGUGGACGUGGACGUGGACAUGGACGUGGACGUGGACGUGGACAUGGACGUGGACGUGGACGUGGACGUGGACAUGGACGUGGACAUGGACGUGGACGUGGACAUGGACGUGGACGUGGACGUGGACGUGGACGUGGACGUGGACGUGGACGUGGACAUGGACGUGGACGUGGACGUGGACAUGGACGUGGACGUGGACAUGGACGUGGACGUGGACGUGGACGUGGACGUGGACGUGGACGUGGACGUGGACGUGGACGUGGACGUGGACGUGGACAUGGACGUGGACAUGGACGUGGACGUGGACAUGGACGUGGACGUGGAUAUGGACGUGGACGUGGACGUGGACGUGGACGUGGACAUGGACGUGGACGUGGACGUGGACGUGGACAUGGACGUGGACGUGGACGUGGACGUGGACGUGGACAUGGACGUGGACGUGGACGUGGACGUGGACAUGGACGUGGACAUGGACGUGGACGUGGACGUGGACGUGACGUGGACGUGGACGUGGACGUGGACGUGGACGUGGACGUGGACAUGGACGUGGACGUGGACGUGGACGUGGACGUGGACGUGGACGUGGACGUGGACGUGGACGUGGGACGUGGACGUGGACGUGGACGUGACGUGGACGUGGACGUGGACGUGGACGUGGACGUGGACGUGGACGUGA